GAGCGGAGCGGAGGGAGGCGGCUGGGGAGGCUGAGGGGAGGUUUCGAGGGGCGGUGUUGAAGAAUGUGUGGACGAACAUCCUGUCACUUACCUAUAGAGGUUCUCACGAGAGCUUGUGCCUACCAGGAUCGGCGGGGCCAGCAGCGGCUCCCAGAAUGGAGGGACCCUGAUAAGUACUGCCCCUCUUACAACAAGAGUCCUCAAUCCAACAGCCCAGUGCUUCUGUCUCGACUGCACUUUGAGAAGGAUGCAGACUCCUCUGAGCGUAUCAUUGCUCCCAUGCGCUGGGGCUUGAUCCCUUCUUGGUUCAAAGAAGGUGAUCCUUCCAAGCUGCAGUUCAAUACUACCAACUGUCGUAGUGAUACCAUAAUGGAGAAACGGUCAUUUAAGGUGCCUCUGGGAAAGGGAAGACGCUGUGUCGUUUUAGCAGAUGGAUUCUAUGAGUGGCAGCGAUGUCAAGUAACAAGCCAGAGGCAGCCAUACUUCAUCUAUUUUCCUCAAAUCAAGACAGAGAAGUCAGGUAGCAUUGGUGUUGCAGAUAGUCCUGAGAACUGGGAGAAAGUCUGGGACAACUGGAGGCUGCUGACAAUGGCUGGGAUCUUUGACUGCUGGGAGCCCCCAGAGGGAGGAGAUGUCUUGUAUUCCUAUACCAUCAUCACGGUGGAUUCCUGCAAAGGCUUGAGUGACAUCCACCCCAGGAUGCCUGCCAUAUUAGAUGGGGAGGAGGCAGUUUCUAAAUGGCUUGACUUUGGUGAAGUCUCAACUCGGGAAGCUCUGAAAUUAAUCCACCCAACAGAGAACAUCACCUUCCAUCCAGUCUCUUCUGUGGUGAACAACUCACGAAACAACUCUCCUGAGUGUCUGGCUCCUGUUAACUUGGUGGUCAAAAAGGAGCUCAAGGCAAGUGGCAGUAGCCAGAGGAUGUUGCAGUGGCUGGCCACAAAGUCACCCAAAAAGGAAGACUCAAAAACACCCCAAAAGGAAGAGUCAGAUGUUCCCCAGUGGUCCAGCCAGUUCCUGCAGAAGAGUUCACUCCCCACCAAGAGAGGCACUGCAGGACUCCUAGAGCAAUGGCUGAAGCGAGAGAAGGAGGAACCUGUGGCCAAGCGUCCUUACAGCCAGUGACACAGGACUUUCAGAGACCAAGACCAGGGUCUGCUGCACUGCUGUUCUGAUAAUAGGUUCUUAAAUUGUAUGUGUGUAGUUUGCUUUGGGAGGAGGUAGCUUAGUAUUAGUUGACAGUUGUGGGCUCAUGGGAAAGUCGGCUUCCUUGCCAUGAGUAGGAGCCCCUAGUGGGGCUGGUGGACAGCUUUGGAAGAGGUGUCAUGCUUCUGUCACCAGCCAUGUGGGCCCCAUAGGGGCACCGUACCUGCUGCUCUUUCCUGGCAGGGCUGGUGGAGUCUUCCCUUAAACCAUGCCUUACCCAGCUGGGAAGUCUCUGCCCUGACCUGGUAUUCCUCAUAGUAAGCUGUUUUCUGCUCAGCCACUGGGCUCUUUCUGUCUUGGGUACGUUCUUAAAAUGUGUUUUUUUUUUUUUUCCUGAAUAAAUUAUAUUUGAUGAACUUCUGCCUACAUUUUGGAAAAUGAUGCUGGUGGGGAAAUUUCUGGAUCUUGUUUUUCUUCUAGAAUAUGUCCUCAGGAAUGGAUUUUAUCACAAAUGGGGCAUGGGGCUUUCUGAGGAAAUAACUACAAAAAGUCUUGGUGGCAGGCUCCUUAUUUAGUCUCUUUUUCUUUCACUCUUGAUGCAUGGAAGUUGUCUGAAUCCUUUGGCUUAAAACCAGCCUGAGUGGAGUGCUUGCCAUAGCAGAGCCUGUCCGUACCGCAGGGAGCAUCAGAUCUAGGUGAGAAGCCUCUGGAAAUACUCCUGACUUCUGGUAAGAGCAGGGCACAGAAGAUGACAUGGGCUUGGGGGCUUCAUUCCGAGGGCCUGGAACUAAGGCUGUUCUGGGGCUGAACACCUGCCCCAGCCUGGGCCAGAGCUCCUAUGAUUUGUUCUGCCAGCUUUCCUUGCCUUUCCUUCCUAGCAAUGAAUCACUUUAUAAAUUAAGUAUUUAUUUUGGGGCCUUUUUCUGUUGUCUGUCUCCCCACCCAGAUCAUUAGUUCCAUGAAAGCAGAGACCACUUUUUCACCAUUAUUUUCUCCCAAUAUUAGUAGGUGUGCAAAUACAUGUCCAGUGAAUUUGCACUUACCCAUGCCCAGCCCUGUGCAAAGAACUGACAGGUACUAAUUAACCAGACAGCACACCUUGCAAUUAACUACUUGCACGUGUAUGCUUGGAAGGGCUGUGACCAAUGGAGAGAGCUCCUUUGGUAGAUGGGGGUGUUAGGCUAGGCUUCUCUCUCCUGUAAACCCUGGGGAAGACAAGGUGGAAGGGGGCCUUCCCAGGUAUUAAGGUGGGAAGGAAAGGACCAGUCUCCAGCAGCGUCUGGGUCAGUCCUCUUUCCAGCAUCCAGAAGGGAGGCAUUCACAAAAGCUGUCCCAAGCAGCUGGAAGGAAGCAGCUUCCCAGAGAAGACCAGGAAGACGGCAGUGCCGAGCCCAGAAAGCUCCUGGCGCAGCGCAUGCCGCCGAUUGCGAUUGCGAUCGAGGGGUUGGUUGGGGGAUGCAGGCCCCAGUCUCUAUGCAAAUCAGGGAUCAGAAGAUCGGAAUUUCCACCAAUCAGCGGAAAGCCUUGGCCGUGUAACUGUUAAUAGGAGACUGCAGUGCCACGCCACAGGCCUUUCUGCUGGUUUCGGGAAGGGUGGGGACCAACGUGGGGCUCCCACCCCGACCCCUGCCCAAGGCCGCCGUCCCCUCCUUUUUUUUAAAUUCCUCUUUUGAAUGCCCUCCCUUCCGGUUGAGAGGCGGGGUUAGCCCGUAUACUGUCUGUAACCCUGCGCUGUGAAGGCGGGGGCUUCUUUCACUGUGGCCUCCCUUUGUGGGCGGAUCUGUGUGGGAUUUGGUUGUUUUGUUAAGAGAUUUUAAAAAUUAAGAUGACUUACUGGUAUGACUAUUUUGUCAUAUUUGCUUCCAGUUUAAUAA